CAUACUCAUAGUCAUACAUCAGAAGACAUCUCCCACCCAACACACCAGCCAUGGCAGACCUGUCAGCCAUCCUCGAGCUGCUGCACAAGCUCGACAGUAAGCAGGAGAAGCUCGCCGCGCAGGUGGAAGCCCUCACCAUCGCGCAGCGCAAGAGCGCUGCGUCGUCGCAGCCUCCCUCGCCCGCCCUCGCCGGUAUCGACAACAUCCCGUGCGGCCCAGCGGGGAUCGCGAUCCCCGGCAGCGCGAGCCCGCGCGGCGGCGGCGUCGAGGCGCUCAGAUCCGCCGCGUCGAGCCUCAGCACGUCGCCCCCGCCCUCGGGCAUCGCGAUGAGCCUCGGCUCUGCGUGGAACGGCCCCGGCAACUCCGUCGCCCAGCCGACGCCGCAAGGCCAUGCGGGCCACAUCCACGGCAGACUUAGCAUCUCGGACACGCCUGUCAGCGGGAGCCCCGCGCCCCAGGAGGGCAAGAAGAAGGACAAGGGGCUGUACCCCUCGCGUGUGGUGCUCACGACGUAUCCGUACCAGGCUGGCGUGAAGCCCGUCCCGAUCCAUUGGGGCGCCGGGCCCACCGGCAAAGAGCGUGGACCAGUCGUCUGCUCGCGUAUCGGAAAGAACCUGCUCAUCAGAAACGCCAUUGGCGCGCACGCUGGCUCGUACUCGAUCUACCGCGCGCUCAGCAUCGCCAUGGGCCAGCUGCGUCCCGACUGGCGCCCAGAUCUCACCAACACCCAUCCUCCGUUCGUUCUCUCGCCCCAGCCCGGAUGGUUUGGUGACGGCACCGGACGCGGCGAGGAGGGCAACCACAAGGACUGGAAGAUUGUGUCGUUUGACCCGUGGGGCGCCAUGUCCCAGGAGGUGUGGGCAAAGGAGUACGCCGACGGCCUUGAUGUGCGCCCGACCAUUUCCCAGACGAUGGCGCACAUCAAGAUCGAAGAGCUCGAUGUGCUGGCGAGAAAGGGCGAGUUCCCGGUCGACGGCGAGAUUGUCAUUCGGUCGCCCGAGCUCCCCGCCUUCCCCGGCGUGGACCAGGGCGUCGAGGUCAACACGUACAAGGCUGCGAUUGACCCCGUGUGGUUCCUCCCCGGCGUUGCUGCGCGCCUCGGCAUCGAGGAGUCGACUCUCCGCCGCGCCCUGUUCGAGGACACGGGCGGCAUGUACCCCGAGCUCCUGACGCGGCCCGACAUCAAAGCGUUCCUGCCCCCGAUUGGCGGCAUGACCGUCUACAUCAUGGGCGACCCGGCCAAGCUCUCGGACCCCAACACGGAGAUCACCUGCCGCCCGCACGACUCGUGCUCGGGCUCGGACGUGUUCGGCUCGGACAUCUGCACGUGCCGCCCGUACCUCAUCUUCGGAAUCUCCGAGGCCAUCAAGACGGCGCAGCGCGGCGGCGUCGGCGUCAUCGUCUACUUCCAGAAGGAGGGCCGCGCGCUCGGCGAGGUCGUCAAGUACAUGGUGUACAACCGGCGCAAGCGUGGCGGCGACUCGGCGGCAGAGUACUUCAACAACACGGCGGUCGUGGCGGGCGUCAAGGACGCGCGCCACCAGGCCCUCAUGCCGGACGUGCUCCACUUCCUCGGCAUCAAGCACAUCACCAACCUCAUCUCGAUGAGUAACAUGAAGUACGACGCGAUUAUCGAGUCGGGCAUCACGGUCAAGAACCGGUACGAGAUUCCAGAGGAGCUGAUUCCGGCCGACGGGCGUGUCGAGAUUGAUGCCAAGAUCCAGGCAGGCUACUUUUCGAAGAAGGAGGUCACGGACGAUACGGUGCACAAGACCAAGGGCCGCAACUGGGAGGAUAUCAUCCACUAGAGUGGCCGACACGGCGCAUCGACGUCACGCAAGCAUGUACUAUAGAACUGGAUAGGAACAGGAAGGGGUCUGAUAGUUGUCUUAGUCGCCUCUGCGGCACAUGCAUGGGUUGUG